UUGUAAUAACAUAAAUCAUUCACCUGAAAAUAAGCUACAUAUACCGACUUUUGUUUUCCCCCUACCCACACCGAGCGAUUGCAUUGUCCACACGUGGGAAGAGGUGUUCGAUUGGCAUUUCUCUUCUGGACAUUGUGAGCAAAUGUCUCUGACUGCCCUUUCUCACGUCUUGCCUUGAGAUCAUAGCAUAUCAUUUUCUUUCCCCAUUUACACCUCACAUACUGAGUGCCGUUAAAUGUUCAGUACUCCUCCUUUCCUUUACGGGUGCAGUUGGCCAGGACAGAGUGAGUUGUGAUGCUCAUUAGUGGGCAUCCCCCACACUCAUUGUUACGGCUUUGUGCCACAGAACUCGCAGAGUUCCUUGGGUAUGGUGUGGCUUAAAAUCCUGAAAUUACUGUAGUUGAAUUCCACAAGGACAGGACAGUUUUCCAGAAGGGCGACUGAGAACUCUCUCUUCAAGGGACUUUUGUACACAUACACUUUUUUAACCGAAAAUGAUUCCCUGUAGAUUUUAAGGGUAAACCCAUAAACACAGAAAGAUUUAUAUUAAGAAACACUCAGAGGUGACCCUUGUUUGCAACAGCCCCACAAAUAACCAGUGCUGUGUGCUCCUGUGCUGUGUGUGCAGGCAGCAGCCCCACAGCAGGAGCCCUCCCUGCCCAUCUCUGUGCCACUGGGCUGAGACACGGGCCAAGAAAAUACCAAGGACACAUGCCAGGCUCCUCCUGCUCAUGAAAUGCACUUUAUAGCUCUGCUGAGCCCAUUCCUGAUGAGUGAUGUGCCUGCAGGGACAACACGUUUGAAAGGCUGUGAGGACCCCGUGCUUUGCAACCACGUCACCAUCGCCCUGCUGAGGUGCAAACAGCAAUCUCAGACAGAUUUACCCACAGCCGAGUGGUUCAGUUGUGUCCUGGACACACACAGCCCAGGCACAGCUGUCCCAGCAGAGGGGACAGCUGGGACAGACCCCCUUGCUCUGUGCUGGGGGUGCCCACAGCUGAGCUAAGCACAAGAGCAGCCUGGGGUUGCACACUGGUGAGCAGGACAGUGUCUGCUCUCUCCUCUGCCAGUUCAAAGUCUGAAUCAGUGAAUUUUCUCAUUUCCCACUCAAAGGAAGAUAUGGCAAUGGAGCUUUGGGCAGAAAGGGACAAAUCAGAGUUUACUUCUGCUCUGGGAUAAUCUAGGAUAAAAUCCCUGUGGCUUGAAACAGUGCUGUGAACACUCAGAAAGCUGAAAAAAAUAAGGUAUUAUUUUUGGCUGAAAGUCUUUAUGGCUGAUGCAGGAACUCUCUCAUUAGUUACUCAUUGCCUCAGCAAGUCUCAUAAAACAGCCAGCAGAGCCCAGCAAAUACUUCAGUGUUGUGGAAGCUCAGAAAUCCAGGAAUUGAACGAGGCCUUGAACCCAUUUUAUGGACUCACUUCUUACUGAACAACCAUAAAAUACUAAAAUUCUGACCCUAUAAAUAAGGAAGGGAAAGAACUGUGCAUUUCCCAGAGAAGCAGCUUCUCCAGAGACUCUUCCCAAGGUAAGUCCAGGGCUAUCUGAUCCAGAGACGGGUUCCCCUGACAGAUGAUCGGAGACAACAAACUCAUGUAAUGGAGAUUAGAGACAUAAAACCCCCUUGAAUCUGCUCUGAACUGGAAAAUGCCCUGCAACAUUGGCUCAGUUUAUUCCCUGGUGACCCUGUCCCCAGUGAGGGCUCUCCCCAGGGUGUCUGAUGGGUUAACCCCUGUGAGCCUUGAGCAGAGGCAGCAAUGCUGUGACCCUCUCUCCCACAGAGAUGGCGCAGAGACGCAGCCUCGCCGUCCCCCGCGGAGCGCCCAUCCUUGCUAUUUCCUUCUUUAUUUCCUUCUUGGCAUGUGUGGCCACAGGUCUGGAACUGUCUGUAAAUAACCACGGUGCCGACUUCACCCUGUCCACAGAGCUGGUCCCUGCCAUCUCCCUCUCAUGCCUCGUGCACAACAGCAGCCAGGCUGAGGAGCUGCUCUGGUACCGUGGAGAGGGGCAAGUGGGUCUGAAAGAUGGGAAUAAAGUGAACAUCAGCAACAUCUGCAUAUCCCCACUCAACGAGUCUGACAACGGAGUCACCUUCACGUGCAGGCUGGCACGGGACAAGUCUGUGCAGGUGUCUGUCAUCCUGGAUGUGCACUUUCCUCCCCAGCUGAGUGGAGAGGAGACCCUCCAUGUGGAAGAAGAAAAAGAUGUUACUCUGAGCUGCAACUCCAAAUCCAACCCUCAAGCCCAAAGCAGCUGGUUGAAGGACAACCAAAGCUUGACCCUGCAGCAAAGUCACCAUGAGGUGUACCAGACCAGCGAGACCUUUCGGCUCUCCAUCAAAAAAGUGCAGAAAUCUGACAAUGGGACCUACACCUGUGUGAUGGAAUCACCCCUGGGACAUGGGACAAAGAAUUUCCACCUCAUAGUUGAAGAUAAAAAACCUGUUUUUCCCACGGAGGCUGUUAUUGCUGCUGCAGUGGUGGUUGGACUCACAAUACUUUUUGGAAUUGUGGCUCAAAGAGAUAAAAUUUUUAAGUGCUUCAGGAAACCAAGAGAAAUAGCUCUGUAA